AUGGCGCGCAUCAGCACUUGGGCAGGUCGUGCGAGGCGCGCGUCGCGGCGGCAUGGGCAGCGCGGGUGUCGCGGGAGGGAGAGACCGGCGCGGUAUGGCAUAGUGGCGUCUCUGUCGCGCGCGCGCUCCACCGACCUCCUUGGAUGUGCGGCCGCAAGGUCGGCCGCCUUAAUUAAUAAACUCACCGUAAAGUAUUUGAGGCCGAUCGGAGAGGCGACUACAAUAUUACUCGAGCCUUUGUCUAGUUAUUGA